AGGCCGGAGGCGGGCCUAGGGAAGGGCGUUCGUCGGGUGAGCAGUGGCUUUUGGCGUCCGGGACUCCAAGCAUCUUGACCCUGGCGCGAGGCGGUGUCGCGCACGCUUACAGGUGCCCGCGCGGGGCCGCGGCUUGGGCGCCUUCCCGUUGGCCUAGAAGGAGGAGGGGGCCGUGUUGGCGUCCAGCCCCUCGCGCCCAGGAUGGACGUGCCAGCCCGGGUGUCCCGACGAGCGGCGGCGGCAGCGGCCAGGAUGCUUCUGCGUACUGCCCGCGUCCCCCGCGAGUGCUGGUUCCUGCCGACCGCGCUGCUCUGCGCCUACGGCUUCUUCGCAAACCUCCGGCCGUCGGAGCCGUUCCUCACGCCCUACCUGCUGGGACCGGAGAAGAACUUGACCGAGAGACAGGUCUUCAAUGAAAUUUAUCCAGUAUGGACAUACUCUUACCUGUUGCUGCUAUUUCCCGUGUUCCUCGCCACAGACUACCUCCGUUACAAGCCUGUCAUUCUGCUGCAGGGACUCAGCCUUAUUGUUACAUGGUUCAUGCUGCUCUAUGCCCAAGGACUGCUGGCCAUUCAGUUCUUGGAAUUCUUUUAUGGCAUCGCCACAGCCACUGAGAUCGCCUACUACUCCUAUAUCUACACUGUGGUUGACCUGGGCAUGUACCAGAGAGUCACAAGUUACUGUAGAAGUGCCACCUUGGUGGGCUUUACUGUGGGCUCUGUCCUAGGGCAGAUCCUCGUCUCCGUGAUGGGCUGGUCACUGUUCAGCUUGAACGUCAUCUCCCUCACCUGUGUUUCUGUGGCUUUUGCUGUGGCCUGGUUUCUGCCUAUGCCACAGAAGAGCCUCUUCUUUCACCACAUUCCUUCCUCCUGUCAUGGAGUGAAUGGCAUCAAGGUACAAAAUGGUGGAAUCGUUACUGAUACCCCAGCAUCUAACCAUCUUCCUGGAUGGGAGGACAUUGAGUCAAAAAUUCCUCUAAAUUUAGAUGAGCCUCCGGUGGAAGGACCGGAGGAGCCCCGGCCAGACCGGCUGCGGGUGUUCAAAGUCCUGUGGAAUGACUUCUUGAUGUGCUACUCCUCCCGCCCUCUGCUCUGCUGGUCCGUGUGGUGGGCCCUGUCCACCUGCGGCUAUUUCCAGGUGGUGAACUAUGCACAGGGAUUGUGGGAGAAGGUGAUGCCUUCUCAGAAUGCUGACAUCUACAAUGGUGGUGUGGAGGCCGUUUCAACCUUGCUGGGUGCUAGUGCUGUGUUUGCAGUUGGUUAUAUAAAGCUAUCUUGGUCAACUUGGGGAGAAAUGACGUUAUUCCUGUGUUCUCUCCUGAUUGCUGCUGCAGUGUAUAUCAUGGACACUGUGAAGAGCAUCUGGGUGUGCUAUGCAUCCUAUGUUGUCUUCAGAAUCAUCUACAUGGUACUCAUCACCAUAGCAACUUUUCAGAUUGCUGCAAACCUCAGCAUGGAACGUUACGCCCUUGUGUUUGGUGUGAACACCUUCAUUGCCCUGGCAUUGCAGACUCUGCUCACUCUGAUUGUGGUAGAUGCCAGGGGCCUUGGCUUAUGUAUUACUACUCAGUUCCUGAUUUAUGCCAGUUACUUUGCAGUCAUCUCUGUGGUUUUCCUGGCUAAUGGCAUAGUCAGUAUUAUAAAGAAAUGCAGAAAGCGGGAAGAUCCCAACUCCAGCCCUCAAGCCACCACUUCCUAACGUGCUCCCGAAGUGCUGCUGCUUCCAAGCAAGGGCGCUGCACAGUAACCGCCUGGAUGUAUUCAAACUCUUUAUGGUUCAGAUAACUAUUUAUGAAUGUGUAUCUUAUGGCUUCAGAGCCUCAACUAACACCUUGCAUUCUUGGAGUUAGUGUAAUAGUGUUGAGAGAAGCCAGAGCUGAAGCUUUCUGUUCAUGAAUUGUUUAUGCGCAUUCAUUUAAGAAUGACUUUUUCUAAUUUAAAAAAAAACUCCCACAGAACUUGAUUUUGGAAAAGCGAGUAAUCAAGUAGCACGUCUGCUCUUUCCUUCAUGAGCAUGUGAGUGUGAUGGUUUUAGUCAUAUUUGUCACUCACCCAGACCUGUGGCCUGGUGGGACCAAGGCUUCAGAAGCCACAGGAUAGUACAGGUCACGAUACGUGCGUUCUCCGAGCACUUGCCUCAUCCAGCCGCAUUCUGAUUUCAGUGUUACUUGUGCACGUGUGUGUGUGUGUGUGUGUGUGUGUGUGUCUACAGAUGGCAGUCGUUCCUCGCUGGCAAUAUCUGCUCGGGUUCAACGUUCUGUCCUUUAAGGGGUGUUCUGUCUGAUUUUAUUUUAAAAUUUCAUUGUAUGACUGUUAGUGCUUCCCAUUUUGACUGUGGUAUGUUUUUGGAAACGUUCUUUAGAAGUACAUUUUUGCAUUAUUCAUAUGCUUCCCAGAGAAGCUCAUUUCAUUAGAAAAGGCAAAUUUUAAAGCCUGUUGAUAACUGAGGAGGGCUAACCAGGUAGGUUUGCUUGUCUUUAAUACUUUGGUAUGAAGGACUCUUAAUUGCAACUGAAAAGGUCAUUUAUAGUUAGAGAUACAGGGAGCCCAUUUUAUAUUUGCGUACCCUUUUAUUACCAACACAAAACGAACUCUUUUCCUUUGAGACAAUAUCAUUCCCAUAUGCCUCUCAUUGUCUUGGCUUUCUCAUCCAAGAUGAAGAUGUCAGUCGGAACUGGAUUAUUCCACGGCCUAUUUUUUUCUUUUAUUUUUAAUAAACUGAGCCUCUUCUUAAUGAUUUUAUUGGGGUUGGAACUAGGAUAGACUUGAUGCCUGCAUUUUGGACCUUAGACCUGCCUUUGUCCCUAAGGUUAGAUCAUCUUGAGAGAUACUUAAUUUCCUCAUUACUUGAAAGAGUGAUGUCUGUAUGCUAAUAUUUGUGAGACGUGAAAACUGUUUCAAAGCCAACUUGGUUGUCUUGUGCAACGAUCUAGGUCAGUGCCUUUCACUAGCGUGGUGACUUCUUAAGACCAAAAUAGCUAAACAGUAUUAUUAAUACUAAGAUUGCAAAACUGAAGCUUAGUGAGUGUGUAGAAGAAGACCCUGGUUCAACCAGCACUGGGAAGACUAAUGGAAGAAAUGAGAAUGAUAUAGGUCAUUUCCAUGCAUCUUCCUUUGCAGCUAGGGAAAAGAGAAGAACACUAAGGGAUGGAGAACUAUGGUCAGAGUAGCAGUCUCCCGUCUUACAUUUUCUCCCUCCUCCCACCGUUUCUUGUGGCUCUAUAGAAGUUGGUUGCUCAGAAACAAGGAGAAACGUUGUGAUUGAUUAAUUUUAUUUUAUUUUUUAAAAUAACAUGUAUUAUGGUACAAUCUAAUUGUUCAUGUUACCAAAGCAAUAUUUCCUUGGAAUUUAGCUCACUGUUUGUGGCACCCAAUCUGGUCCUUCUUUACCUGUCUAAACCAAGACUGUGUUCACAUAUUACUACGAGGCCAUAUUUGUAGAACGCAGAACCCAAUGUGCUGUACUGUAUGCACUUUUACGGAGAAGUGAAAAUAAUCUGUUGUACUUUUUAUUCGAUCUGUAUAGACUAUAAAACUAUUUUUAUUAAAUAAAUAUUCUACAGUA